AUGAAAUUCUUAAGGUUUGGGUUAGUCAUUGCCUUUGUUUUACUUGGCCUUGUGUCUGCGCAAUCAGCUGUGUCAUUGGACGAUGUACUGUAAGUUUUUUAUAGAACUAUUUUUUGCGGUUACAAGGCUUUAGAACUGGAUUUUAUGACAAUAAGAUAUGAAAUGGUUGUAAAUAAUUUCAAAGAAAAUAUUGACGCCGUUCAUAUAAACUAUGUUUUUGAGUUGGACUGAAAAUAGUUUAGAACUUGAAGCAAAGAUUCACAAAAUAACCAUUACUACUUUAUAAGAAGCUAACUAGUACACUACACUAUAACAAGGAGAAUCAUACUAAUGAUUAAAAACCAAAAUAAAACUUACAAUUCCAGAAUUCGUGAACGUCGUGGUUACGGCUACGGUGGUGGGGCUCCUCCACCACCUCCUCCUCCACCACCCCCUCCACCACCUCCACCACCACCACCAGUCAAAUCGUAUGGUUAUGGCGGCGGCUCCAGCUACGGUGGAGGCCUCGGCGGUGGUGGGCUUGGCGGUAUCGGAGGUGGACUUGGCGGUGGGGCAUCGUUCGGCGGUGGAUACGGAGGCACCUUCGGUGGAAGUGGUUAUGGCUACAAUAAGUAUGGAAGAAAAUAA